UCAGCCCCCCACGGCACCUGACAUGGAGCCACCUGCGUGCGCAGUGACUGACAGCCUGCACUGCUGUCACACAGAGCGGGGGUGACUGCGGGAUGUAGCCGGCACUCGCCUGUCCUCUCUCUGUUCCCACACUCACACACACGCGGACUGCCGCAGCAGCAGCGCAUCCACCAUGCAGAGACCUGGAGCAUUCGGAGACCUCCCCAUAGUCUAGGCCCGGGGCAUAGUAGCGCGCACACAGGGUGCAAGGCAUCGCACACUUUUUAUGUUAUCAGCAAAGUCGGUAUUGUCGUUGUUCGAAAAAUAAUAAAGAUUGACGUUGCGAACAGGAAAAAAAUGCCGGCUCGUUGCUAAGAUUACGGUCAGCUGACCUGGUGUCUCACGUGAUCGGUCGCUGUUGUGUGCGAUGUGUGACUGUGACACAAAGGUGUAAUCCACCAGAUGCUGCCGGCAGCCAGAGGGAAGCAGGAAGUGUCUGUGCAGCGCUCUGCUACUGCUGGAGCUGGGAUGUGGCUAUAAUCCGGGACACUGAUAAUGAAGUAUGGAUACCACCAGGCUGAAAAAUGAUUCGUACAAUGACUACAGCUCCACAGAGGGUAGUCCCAGUGAGGAGAGCUCCCCGGGAAUCCCCAGCAGCAACUCCAGAUGUGGACAGUAUGAAAGGCUUGGAGAACACAGUAGCAGCAGUACGACAUGGUUCCAGACAUUAAUACAUUUAUUGAAAGGGAACAUUGGAACUGGUCUCCUCGGGCUGCCUCUGGCUGUGAAGAAUGCAGGAAUUGUGUUGGGUCCUCUGAGUCUGGUUGCUAUGGGGAUUAUUGCUGUGCAUUGCAUGGACCUCUUGAUAAAGUGUGCCAAUCACAUCUGUCAGAGGAAGCAACUUCCAUUUGUGGACUACGGAGAUGCUGUAAUGUAUGGUAUGGAGGCCACCCCAAGUCAAUGGCUAAGAGCACACUCCAUCUGGGGAAGGUGGAUUAUUGGGUUUUUCCUCAUUCUCACCCAGUUAGGGUUUUGCUGCGUUUACUUUGUGUUCCUGGCUGACAAUAUAAAACAGGUGGUGGAAUCUGCCAAUGGCACCUCUAAUGACUGCAGUUGCAAUAUGACAGUGGUGCAUAGCGAGAGCAUGGAUUCCAGACUGUACAUCUUGUCCUUCCUGCCCUUCCUCAUCCUGCUGGUCUUCAUCAGGAACCUGCGCUACCUAUCCAUCUUCUCUCUGGUCGCCAACCUGGCCAUGAUGGCCAGUGUAGUCAUGAUCUACCAAUAUAUUGGAAGGGAUAUCCCAGAUCCAUCUCAUCUGUCUUAUGCAGCCAGUUGGAGGACCUAUCCUCUCUUCUUCGGAACGGCCAUCUUUGCCUUUGAGGGCAUCGGAGUGAUCUUACCCUUGGAGAAUAAGAUGAAGUUACCACAUCAGUUCCCGAUAGUAUUGUAUGUUGGUAUGGCCAUCGUCACCUCUCUCUACAUUAGCAUGGGCACGCUUGGUUACUUGCGUUUUGGCUCCAGCAUACACGGCAGCAUAACGCUGAAUCUGCCCAACUGUUGGCUGUACCAAGCUGUGAAGUUGAUGUAUUCCUUUGGAAUAUUUAUUACCUUUGCGCUGCAAUUUUAUGUUGCUGCGGAAAUUAUAGUCCCCUCUGCCACUUCCAGAGUGUCUGAUCGCUGGGUUCUAUGGGUGGACCUAUCUGUGAGGACAGGCCUGGUUUGUAUCACAUGUGUUUUGGCAAUCCUAAUCCCUCGUCUGGACAUGGUCAUCUCCCUGGUGGGAUCUGUCAGCAGCAGUGCCCUGGCUCUUAUCAUCCCACCUCUACUGGAGAUUGUCACUUACUACUCGGAAGGCCUUAGCCGUUGGAUCAUAACAAAGGACAUUAUCAUCAGCCUGGUGGGUUUCCUGGGAUUUGUGUUUGGGACAUACGUGACCUUAUAUGAACUCAUUAUUCCAAAUUCGCACCCGAAUAACCCUAAUGCCACACUGUAUGCCAUGCAGUGAAGCACCUGUUCUAGGAGCUAACCCUAACCUGCUCGGUACUUGGAGAACUAAAGUUCAGAAUGUUCGAUCUCUGUAUUUAUACUGUCACCUCAUCUCUUUAUUGACGAAUGUAACUAUCUAGCUGCCAAAUUAUGUCAUGUACAACACAUGAAAACUUACAAAGGAAAAAGCAAUUACAGCCAUAUAAAAACACUGAUUUUGUUUUGCACGUUUACAGGUGUUGUGAAAAUAUUCCAUUGGUCUCUACCACAAACACAACUAACAUUUCGGCAUCCUUUCCUAAAACUAUGUUUACAGAAUUUCUUUUUCAGUACCGAUCCUGAACACAUAAGGGGAUAUCUAUCAAGCCUUUGACAGAAAGUGGGGUAGGUGCCCAAAGCAGCCAAUCAGCUGCUGUCAAUUUCAUGUGCUAGAUAAAUGGCAUGUAUAAGUUGAUUAGUUGCUUUGAGUAGCUUCUCCACUUUAUCUCCCUUCAAGGCUUGAUACAUCUCCCCCAUAAUCCUCUAAUCCUGUAUAGCCAUGGUCUUCUCAAACCCAGUCGUCAAUAAUUACAGACCACUGUUCUUUGAUUUAAUGGAUGGGUUAGCCAUUUUAUUUAUAUAUAGUUAGAGCUAAAGUAUGAUACACCCUACUGGAGCUCCUCUGAUAUAACUAUCCAACAGAUCUUCCCUCCUGCUGUCCCUUCUUUUCUGAGUGGCCAUGAGGUCCAUGACAAUAAUGCAUCACUUUCAGAGAAUCUGGCACCAAGCAGAACAUAACGUAUCCUGCCCAGGCCUUUUAAAAUGACUUGAGUUUAAUACCUAUAACUUGAACUCUAUAGAUCUCAUGUGCUAUUGAAACGCCACCUGCAUUGUGUGUGCAGUUGUUCGCGUUGACCUUAUUAUGAAAUAAAUAAUUGGCUCGGUGGUUCUGCAUGGACCUAUCACAUACCUGUUUUUACUUUUCAUCUUAGGUUGCAUCGUUAUUGGACAUGGAAAAAAAGGGAUUAAUUCAAAAACACACAAUACAAACAAGGUAGCUUAACUCAGGCAAAAUAAAACAAUUAGAAGUCAACCCUUGCUCUUUGCGUAUUAAAGUGAUGUAGUUAUGUGUAAACAAUUUUCUGAGAUUCAGCAAGUUAAAGCUUUGAGUUUUUAGCACAUCCUGUAAUGCAUUUCCGAGGAGAUGGGAUAUUACUUAGAAUGUCCGCUUUACCUCCUAUUCCAGUGGUUUCCAAACUUUUUUGAAUCACGGCGCCCUAGAAUAUCAGAAUUUUUUUCACGGCACCCCUAGGCCAAAAAUUUCUUAUUGAGAAAUUUAGAAAGAAAUAUUACAUUAAGUAGAUCGCGUUUAUAUGUCAUCCUUAGGGUCAGUUAUGUGGUGAGGGACAAGAUUUGCUUCUGUUUGGCCACAUAUUUUAUGACUGGCAGCCACCAGCACUGGUUUUGCCUAUUAUAUUGACCAUGAAUAAUUUGAAUUGGUCCUGGACCACCAACCCAGGGCACCCCUGCAAGUGUCCCGAGGCACCCCAGGAAGCCAUGGCACACAGUUUGGGAACCUCUGUCCUAUUCUGUUAUUCCCCUAUAUAUUGUAAACUUUGGAGCAGUGCUCUUGCUUCUGUCUAUAAGUGCUUAAUCUCGAUUUAUUAAUGCCUGUGCAAUUCCCAAUUGUAAGAGCGUCAUAAUAUGGUGGCGCUAUAUAAAUAAAUGUUAAAGAAUAAGUUUACUAAAUGAUACAGGAAUACAUGGGAACAGCUGUGAUAUAAAUGUUUACAGCGGGUGUGAUGUUAUAGUCCAGGAUUUUUUUUUCAAUAAUACAUUUUUAUUGAGUGAUGUGGUACAAUAUGGGGGUAAAAAAAAAUCGAAAAGGGACAGUGGGUGGGGUAAAAGGGGGAGGGUAAGGAAAAGACAGGAGACACUAAUGCAUAAUAACAGACAAAAUAGAGUAUAUUAUUCAUGGGAAAACAAUAGGUCAGGAUAAAAACCUUGAGCAUAAUUAGAAAAAAUAGCAUGUUCUAGAAAUAAGCAGUAGCCCCUCAGGUAGCAGAUGCAGCUUCUAGAGUUUCAUUCAAGUUGAGUGGAUGGAAGAGGCAGUUUGAGGCCUAGUCUUUGGGAGGACCGCCCUUACCGUCCGUUGCAUAGGAAGUAGGCGGAGCCUGAGCAGCCAGCCAGAAGCCACAAGAUGGCCACCCGAGUCAGCAGCACUGCAGUCAGGGACAUGCAGGCGACGGCCAAAUGGUAUUAGUUCCCUCAGCGCACUGCACCCCAAGACACUGACUGGUAUUCCCUUGCCCUCCCUCCCCCAUACUGGUGCACGCCUUUGCACACUGUGUUGCUGCACUUGAAUAAAAUGAAAUAUUUUUUUUCCCUAAAUUACAGGGGGUGCCCCAUUAUUAUGUACCCUAUUACCCAUGUGUAGCUCUUACAUUACCUGCUCUGCAGCAUGACAACAGAUUCGAUGCGUUGAUUAUUUUAUUGGCUAAUUAGCUAAUUUACACGAUAGCGAGAUGGUUCACAGCCUAUGUUACUCAGUUCUCGAGGAACAUUUCAGUGAAAUCCUUGAUCAAAAUCAGUUCAGUAGAUGUCUAGUUGAUCACGAACAUACAUACAAAUGAACAAUUUUAUUACUAGGAUAUACUUUUAUAUAAAUUAUAUACAGCAGUUUACACUAAAUACUGUAUAGUUAGGUAAUAAAGUGAAUACGUAUUGUGUUUAUAUUUAGGGAUUAAAGGAUAUAGAACCACUUAUAAAUGACACAGUCUGAAACGCCUUUGUGGAUUUUAUAAAACACAAGAAAUGGGUAGCUGGUUAUUACUACCUGUUACUAUCUUACUAAGAUGGUGUUUGAGUUUGUGCAGAGCAGAGAAUGGCUUUAGGUAACCUUUGUACUGACAUGUAUAUCAGACUAGUUACCAGCCCAUCAAAAUUACAGAGCUACAUAACAGUAAUGUCAGCACCGGCGGCUGUGCAUGGCCGCCGACGUGCAAAACACUUGAAUUCCCCCCAUAGAAAUGAGGAGCAACGUAGGAUUGUAUUUUUCCUAGGAUGUAAGUGAUUAAUGCCAGUGGCACUUGUAACAAAGUUGCAUUGAUGCAUGGUACUACUGUCCAGUGGUAACUAGGGAGUAAUGGAUAGACUAGAUCACUUUUACAUUGACAAGCUAAUUUCGGAGUUUCCAAAUCAAUUGAUAGAAUAUCAACAUUUUUCCAUUCACUACAUUUGAGUCUCAGCACUUCAACAACUGCACUUUUUACAGCACUCUUAUCCCAGUAGGAACAUGGCUUCUGCUGGGAAUCUGGUAGUACAGAUGUAGCGUUGCUCAUUCAUCCUGCGAUGUGUACGCAUUGCUAUACAUCUCUAAGUAAGGUGUGCCACACGCUCCGUUUGGAAACAUUAGCAUUAUCAUUUUCCAUACAGAUAUAAGUGCCAACAUACACAAUAAUUUUGAUUUUUUUUUUAUUUAUUUUUUUGCAGUGAAAUGCGUCCGUUUUAUUGAUUAGUUUUUUUGUUGUUUUUUUUAAGCUACCAUAUGACACAUGAAACGGAGAGUUUCUCAGCAGAUAAGAACCACUUGACCCAUCUAGUCUACCCAUGUCCAUACACACUAGAGUUCAUUUUAUUUAAUUUUUUUGGGUGCCAAUUAACCUACCAGUAUAUUUUUUAGACUCUGGGAGGAAACCGGAGUACCUGGAGGAAACCCAUGUAAGCACAGGGAGAAUAUACAAACUCCACACAGUUGCAGAAUCGAAACCAUGACCAUAAGUGCUAUGAGGCAGUAAUGCUCACCAUUUCACCAUCCGUAAUGCAACUUAUACAUUUUUACAUGGGCCGCUGACUCUGAUAUCCAGUCAGCACCUACAUUACAUUUCCGCCCCAUUGUAAUCUAGUGUAAUUUAGUGUUCUGACCUCCCUAUCAUGACAGUCUUUUAUUUGGUGUGAUUGUUUCCUAUUAAAAUUGCCACCACACACAUCUAAAAAAAAAGUGAAAUAUGAAGCAUCCUGUAUUCCUGGACAGUGUUAUGCCUAGCUAGUAACUCUCCAUUUGACUUGAUGGGGGUAAUUCAGACCCAUGUAAUGUUCACCAGAGGACAUCGGGCCUAAUUCAGACCUGAUCGUAGCAGCAUUUUGUGCGUAGUUGGGCAAAACCAUGUGCACUGCAGGGGAGGCAGAUAUAACAUGUGCAGAGAGAGUUAGAUUUGGGUCGGGUGUGUUCAAACUGAAAUCUAACUUGCAGUGUAAAAAUAAAGCAGCCAGUAUUUAUCCUGCACAGAAACAAUAUAACCCACCCAAAUCUAACUCUCUCUGCAAAUGUUAUAUCUGCCUCCCCUGCAGUGCACAUGGUUUUGCCCAUCUGCUAACAAAAUUGCUGCUGCGAUCAGGUCUGAAUUAGGCCCGAUGUCCUCUGGUGAACAUUACAUGGGUUUCAAGUCUAAGGGGCAUAUUCAAUAGAUUCAAUGAGCGUAUUUUAAAGUCGGAUUGACAUUGUCGGAACCGGGGCCAAAACCUGUCUGAUUUGCCAACGGGAUCCAACAAAACACAUUGAUUCGCCGAUCCACGUCGGAAUCCCUGACUUGUUGGAAAAGCCUAGGCAGCAUUGAAUAGGUCGGAACCCCUUCCGACCUAAAAAAGUCGUAAAAAGUGCCGUCUUUCCGACAAGACAGCGGUUUCUGACUUCAGUUGAAUACCCCCCUAAGUAAUGGUUUAAGUGGGUCUAUGCUGCACAGGACAGAUCUACAUGCCUGAACACUUGCACAUAACUUUUAUCGGCACGAGGUCUAAAAGGGAUAACGUUUAUUGACAGCUGUCAGUCCUAACACAAUAUCCAUAGCAAACCAAAUAGGAUGAGAAUCUUUUCACUAAAGAAUUAUGUGUAGUUCUACAGUAUACCCAACAUUACAGCAUAGGGAUAUAUUCCCGCAGCCAUCUUAAUGGCGAUCUAGGAUUUGUAUAUAUGGUUCAUAUACUCAGAUUAAAGGGUAAUUCAACCUGAAAUUGAUAAUUGGAAUUUCCUACAGCCUACUCCUAAAAGGGCUCCCUGACGUCUUGUGCCUUCUUACUGCUGCUCUCAUGUUACCACUGACCGUAUAUUGGGCUUGAUUCAUGGUCGUAAGUAAAGUUAAACAAAAAGCACGUAACUUUGUGUCUGGACAAACCAUGUUGCCAUACAAGGGGAGCAAAUACAUUUACAUUUUUUUCUGUGCAGGGUAAAUACGGGCUGCUUUUGCAUGUAGUCCACAAAUGUAGAUUUCAGUUUGAACACACCCCACCCAAAGCUAACUCUGCACCUAAUACAUCUGCCCCAGCUGCACUGCAGCAUGGUUUUGCCCAAUUGGUUGCUUUUUUUGCUUUACUUACAAGCAUGCAUCAGGCCCAUUGUUUGCCAGGCAAAUAGAUCAGAGCGUGUGGCAGAUCUAGAUGGACUAUCCUCACUCCUGCAAGACCUCAGACGGAAGCCUGAAAAUGGUAGCAUGUGCACAUAUUAACUUGUCAUUGGCAAGACGGCAUUGGGAUCUGCUUAAACACAAUUUAAUUUGAUUAGACCUGGCAUGCAUUUAGGGUAUGACACCAAACUAGAAAUUCAGGAACUAUCCUUUAAGAAUAACUGGAGAUUAUUUGAAAGAGUGUUGGGUUCCUACUGUGACCAGUAAUGUCUAGUCCCACCUCUGCUCAUUGUAUAAGUACUGUAUGUGUGGGAGGUUUAUAGAGUCUACAGGACAAUUUAAAGAAUGUACCAGAAAUCUAAGUUUACAUACCUUCUGUGUUGGUGUAUAUUUGCACAAUAUCCCAUGUCUGCUGGGAAUAACUACUACUAUUCGUGUAGAAUUAAUGGCAUUAAUUACAUGUUAGUGACCUCUGAAAUGUUUUUAAAAAACUGCUACCUCCGAGCGUGAGUCUUGGAUAUACAGGUUAGUUGUGUAACGUGUAUGUAUGUUUCAUACUGUCAUUUGACUUGUGUAUAGUGUGACAUUGAAGCACUGUACUUAUGCUUUGUAAUUGGACAUUGUCUGUAUUGGCACUUUACUAAAUAAAUUAUCUGGUUGUAAUAGAAAA